GCGUAUUAUAUUAAGCCCACGUAUCCCUCCUUUCUAUGCCUCAUAUUAGAAGAAACGAAACAUGUUGAGUGGUGGUGACGGGGGCCCAUUAACGGCGGCGUCUCCGUCAAAAGAAUCAUCCACCGCCUUCUCCAGCCUCUCCGCCACCGUAACUCUAGUGACGACGGCAUCCGUUCUUCUCCUCGCCAUAGCCGUAAUAUUAUCCUCGGGCGGUGGAUCUCCCGGCGAUCCAUCGGUGAUCCCUAUAGUUGGCGCCGUUGGGCCGGAGAGCUUUGCGUUCGACUCCAACGGCGACGGCCCUUACACCGGCGUGUCCGAUGGCCGGAUUAUCAAAUGGCAGCGGAACGAGAGCCGCUGGAUAGAUUUCGCCGUCACCUCGCCGGAGAGAGAUGGGUGUGAAGGCGUGGCUAGACGAGAUAAUAGAGCACGAGAACACGUGUGUGGGCGCCCAUUGGGACUCUGUUUCAGCCCAAAGAAUGGUAAUCUCUAUGUUGCAGAUGCAUAUAUGGGCCUAAUUGUUGUGAGACCAAGCGGGGGCCUGCCAAUCCAAGUGGCUACACAUGUCCAAGGAGUUCGGAUUGGUCUCACCAACUCGCUGGAUAUUGACCCAAUAAGUGGAGUGAUCUAUUUUACUGACAGCUCCAAUAUGUACCAAAGAAGGAAUUAUAUUGCAGCAAUAGUGAGUGGUGAAAACACAGGAAGGUUGAUGAAAUAUGACCCUGAAACAAAACAAGUCUCUAUCAUCCUCACCAACCUCAAAUUUCCAAAUGGGGUUUCACUAAGCAAAGAUGGCGACUUCCUUGUGGUUGCAGAAACUACAACAUGCAGAAUAUUAAAGUUAUGGCUAAAAACUGAAAAAGCUGGAAAAGUUGAAACCAUAUUAGAGCUCCCAGGAUUCCCAGACAACAUCAAAAGGAACAAUAAAGGAGAGUUUUGGGUUGGGAUUCAUUCCAAGAGAAGAAACCUCAUGAAAUGGGUUUUGUCCACAAAUUCUUGGGUUGGAAAUGCUUUGGCCAAUCUCCCCUUUGAUAUUACUAAGGCAUACUCAUAUUUGGAUAGUGUUAGUGGAUAUGGUUUGGGAGUGAGGAUAAAUGAAAAUGGAAAUGUGUUGGAGGUUUUGGAUGGCAUGAGUGGAAGGAGAUGGAAGCAUGUGAGUGAAGUUUUGGAAGAAAAUAAAAAUUUAUGGAUAGGAUCUGUGGAAAUGCCAUUUGCAAUUAAAGAAAAAUUAUUAAGAUAAGUGGGCGUCAAAAUUAAUGUUUAUGUUAUAUUUAAAACCAUCCCUAUGCUUGAAGUAUAUGCUCAAUUUCGGUAGAAAUCAUCCUAAAUAGGACUAAAACAUAGAGAGAAAAAUGCAAAAAUAGGAUUUUCAUAUUUUUUUCCAAAAUAGGACUUCGCACUGUGUUAAUGUGGUUGUAAUGUGGCACUGUACAUGUGCACAUUACUAUACUUUUUGAUAAUAAUGUACAUGAUCAUGU